AUGUCCCUCGCAGCGUUUGCGGCGGUGCCACUAUAUGGGCAAUGCGGCGGUAACGGUUUCACGGGCGAGACUACCUGCGUCGCCGGCGCGACCUGCAGCUUCCAAAACGAAUGGUACUCCCAAUGCGUCCCCGGGGGAGCCGUCACGUCCAGUGUCCCCGUCACGUCUAUCUCCUCCUCCAGCACCACGCGCAGCACCACACCAACCGUCUCAACCAGCGCUGGCCCAGCCCCUACGGGAACCGUCCCCCUGAACGGGCUCAUCGGCUAUGGCGCCGGUACGACGGGCGGCGGCAACGCCACGCCCCAGACCGUCACGAGUUGCUCGGCCCUCGCUGCUGCCGUCGCGCUCGAAGUGCCCGCUGUGAUUUAUAUCAGCGGUUCUCUGAGUGGAUGCGAUAUCAUCGAUAUUGAGGCUGAUAAGACUAUCAUUGGCGUUGGGGCGAACAGUGGCUUGACGAACGGCAGCGGCUUCCGUAUCCGCAGAACCGGGAACGUUAUCAUCAGAAACCUCAAAUUCCACGUCUCACCAGAGAAGAAGGAUCUGCUGUCGUUGGACAAUGCUACACGCGUUUGGGUCGACCACUGUGAGUUCAGCUCGAUCGGCAUGGUUGGUGACAAGGACACGUACGAUGGCCUCCUUGACAUCAGCCAUGCCAGCGACUUCGUCACCGUGUCGUGGUGCAAGGCGCGUAUAUCCUUCAGCGACCACUGGAAGGGCAGCUUGAUUGGCCAUUCCGAUAACAACGCGUCCGAGGAUACGGGCAAGCUCCAUGUCACGUACCACCAUAACUCAUGGGUUAACGUGAACUCGCGCCUGCCCUCCGUCCGCUUUGGAACUGUUCACGUCUUCAACAGCGUCUACAACGACAUCCCCACCAGCGCCAUCAACUCCCGCAUGGGCGCUCAGCUCCUCGUCGAAAACAACGUCUUCAAUAACGUCAACCUCGCUGUCGUGACUGACCUCGAUUCCGAUCUCGAAGGCUACGCUAUCGAGCGCGGCAACGUCUUCUCGGGCACCACGACGACGCGCAUCACACAGGUCGGCUCGCUGAACCCGCCGUACUCCUACUCACUCGACUCGACGGCGAAUCUCGCGUCCAUCGUUGCGAACGGCGCUGGUGUUGGGAAGAUCAGUGUCUAG